AUGGGGGAUCCUGGACGACUCACUCUCCCAUGUGAGUGUGGGAAUAGUAUGAAGGUUCAUGCUUUAGUAGAUUCUGGGGCUAGCAUAAAUUUGAUGCCUUACUCGUUUUAUCAAAAAUUGAAUAUUCGGAAGUUGAAGGCUACAAAGAUGACUAUUCACAUGGCGAACCGUUCAGUGACACAGCCUCGGGGCAUUGUGGAAGAUAUUCUCGUGAAAACUGGGAAAUUCGUUUUUCCAAUAGACUUUGUGGUUCUGGAUAUGAAAGAAGAUCCCAAUACGAAUCCAACUUCUUGGGUAAGCAAGGAAGAUGAUGAGAUGUCGAGUGAUGAAGAGGAGGUUACUUCAAAAGUAACAAAUCCAGUGGUGAGAGAGGAGAAGGAUACUAUGGAGCUUAAAGAUGAUGAAAAAUUGAGGAUUCAAGGGAUCAAACGCAAGCUCGAUGGAAACGACGUCAAGGAUAAAAAGGAGAAUUCUAAAAAGGCGUAUAUUCGUCGAGUGCAAGCUUACAAAAGUCGUUUCAAGGAACAAAAUAUCCUAGUGGUGGACUCUUCAGAUGAUUCAACCAGCGACCGAAGGAAGGCAUCGGCUGCAAAUCUCCGGCGACUGAAAGAAGGCAUCCGCUGUAAUUCUCCGGCGACUGAAAGAAGGCAGCGACUUCCAACUGCGAAGUUAGAUAUAGAAUCAAGGGAAGAAGAACCAUUACAAGCACAAUCUCAAGCUCAAUCCCAUUCUUCGAUUCAAUCAAAUGUACGAACAAAGACGAAUAUAGCAUGGGAACAUGUUACUCAAGUCGUUGAUGAGAAGGGGGAAAAGGCAUGGAUAUGUAACUUUUGUCAAAAAGUUAUAGGUGGUGGUGGAAUAAAUAGGGUUAAGAAACAUCUUGCUGGUGUUAAAGGUGAGGUAGCAGCAUGCCCAAAAGUUAGUCCAGAAGUGUGGUUUACUAUGCAAGGGAAAUUGAAAGAGACCGCUCAAAAAGAAAAAGAAAAACGUACCACUAGUGUUACUAUCUUGGAUGAUGAUGAAGAGAUGGAGGAAGCAGAAAUUUCAACUGUGAAAAAGGGAAAAAGGAAAUCUACUUCAAACUUGCAUCCAUUUUUUACCAAAGGUAUAAAUGAUCCUUCCCAACCCACUAUCAAAUCUGCAAUGCAAAGUAAGGCAAAAAUACAUGAUGUGGAUUUAGCUAUUGCUAUGUGGUUUUAUGAUGCAUGUAUACCUAUGAAUGCUUGCAACUCUCCUUUUUUUCAACUUAUGGUAGAUAAAAUAGCAAGUAUUGGUUAUGGGUACAAAGCACCUAAUUAUCAUGCUCUGAGGGUUAAUUUAUUGACAGAUGCAAAAAAGUCAGUUUCAUUGAUAAUUGAUUCGUUAAGAAGUCAAUGGGUUGAUACGGGUUGCACAAUUAUGAGUGAUGGGUGGAGGGAUGUUUCACAACGACAUUUGAUUAAUUUCUUGGUUUAUUGUCCGAAAGGGAUAUCAUUUCUUAAAUCUAUUGAUGCAUCUGAUAUAGAGAGCAAUGCUACAAAUUUGUGUAAUUUGUUUGUUGAGAUUGUUGAAAUGGUAGGAGAAAAAAAUGUGGUGCAAAUGGUAACUAAUAAUGCUGCUAAUUACAAGCUUGCUGGUACUAAGUUAUGUGAAAGAUAUCCUUCUAUUACUUGGUCUCCAUGUGCAACGCAUUGUCUUAAUCUUGUAUUAAAGGAUCUUUUAGAAUUGGAUAAUGUGAAAAAAAAAAGACCCGGUUGGAAAGAAAUUAUCCGUCCAGGUGCUACUUGGUUUGGUACCGUGUUCAUUGCAUUGCAAAGUUUGUAUGACCAUAAAGAAGAUUUACAAGCAAUGGUCAUAUCUAAUGAGUUUAAGAAGAUGUUGAAAGUGGGAAAUGCGGUUGAAUUGAAAGUAAUGACUCCUUUGUUAAAGCUUUUGCGGUUGUGUGAUUCGGAUGAAAAACCUGCAAUUGGUUAUGUUUACGAGGGAAUGCGUCGGGCAAGAAGAGGGAUUAAGGAAUUGUUUAAGAAGAAGAAGGAAUUAUAUAGGCCUUACACUAACAUAAUUGAUAGUUGUUGGGAUAGGAUGUUAAGAAAAAGUAUUUAUUGUGCAGCUUAUUGGUUGAAUCCCGUUUUUCAAUAUGAUCAUGCAAAUCUUUGUAAGAAGAAUGAGGUGUUUCAAGGCGUUCUUGAAAUGGUUGAGAAGACUUUUAAAGGUGAUGACGUGUUAAAUAUUACAUUGAAUUUAGGCAGGUUUCGUGAUGCUGAAGGUACUUUUGGUAGAUCUAGUGCAGUUGCUUCUCGUAAUCUUACUCGUCCAGAUGAGUGGUGGAAGUUAUUUGGCGGAGAUAUUCCGGUUUUGCAAAAAUUGAAGGUUGAUAUGAGGUCUUACGAUCCUGUUGACUAUGAAAAUAUUGAUAAGACGAAAUUUUGGGUGGUUGAAGAAGAGCGGGAAGGAGAACUUAAUUAUGAUGAUUUGGAAAAUAUGCUUGAUGAGCAAGAGCAUGAACCGGCUUCUAAAUCACAAGGUGACCAUGUUGAUCAUGAAGUUGAUAGUGAAUUUUAG